AUGAUUAAUGAUCGAUUCAUCGAGUUUGAUGAGCGAAUCCACCGAUUCAACGAACAGCGCGCUGGAUCUCUAUCCAUGCAGCUUGCUGAUACGAUUCGCCAUCUCAAGCACUACCCGGAUGCGAUACAGCAAAUUCAGAUCAACAUCUCGAAUGCUGAGGCGCGUAUCGCUGAUCUCGAACAGAACGCAUCUCACCGAGUUGAGGUGAUUCGUUCGGAAAUGAGCCGGGCUCUCUACGAUCACAAGGAGAGUAACCGAGUUUUUAUCGAUCAGCUCACCGCGCGUAUUCAGCAUCUUGAGGGCGUUCACGCCCGCAGGAGUGGUUCUGAUAAGUCGACUCCUUCGCGCCCGGAACGGACGCAGUUCUUCGACAUCAGUGACCAUGAUGGGGAAAUCCCACGUCCUGCGGACUUGCCACCAGUCCGAUUGAUCAUGGCUCUCCGCCGGGGUGCAAUGCUGCGCGUGCACAGCAACGAGUCGCUGACGAACGUCUUGGAGAAAGUCGUGGGCAAAAUAAUCCUGCUGCUCCGAGCUUCAGGUCUUUCCCUGCAGAUGAUGAUCUUGCCAUUCGCAGUGGCCGUUCAUUCCCUGGAGCCCGAAGCUUUGCUCCAGAGCCCAGACCGAAAGGGGCCAUCAAGAUGGUACGAUGCCAUGCUUGGCCGAUCCAACCUGAUCGGCAAUGACGCCAGUGCACCGAUUCUUCACAGCGAGACUGGCACUUUCACUUUGGCCCCGAAUCCGAGCGCGGAAGUGAUGGUCCCCCCGGAGGUGACGGCCCCAACGAUAACGGGGGUGCAUAUGGUGGUGGUUUCGGUGGACACGGAUUCGGCUCUGGCUUUGGUGGCGGAGGAGGUCCGCCUGAUGGUCCACCCGGUGGCCCACCUAGUGGCCCGCCCAGUGGUCCGCCUGGAGGCCCGCCUGGAGGCGAUGGUCCUCCCGGAGGCGGUGGCCCGCCUGACGGUGGCCUUGAUCCUCCGAGCAUGCGACCUUCUGGUCGACCGAAUGGAGGUGAUACCUUCCAGUGCGAACGAUGCACUGGGCGAUGGAUCACUGAGCGAUGCAAAGAAGGCGAAAUGCAAGUCCUUCCGGCUCGAUGCAGAGCCUGAGCCCGCUCAGUUGCGCCGAUGGAUCGUCGAUAUGAAAGAGCGAGUUGCCAAUGCAUUCGCCUACGAUCCUGCCUAUGCCCUCUCAUGGGUUGAGAUCCCAGAUGGCACUCGAUACGAGGAUCUGCUUGAAGAGUGCAAAUACGGGAUGCUCGAGAACGAAUGCAACUCAGCUUUCCGAGAAUGCGUUCGAUCCAUUGCUCUGAAGAACAAGAUCCAAACCGAAACCGAGCGCAUGCAUACGAUUAACCGGCGACUCGGGAGUAGGCAAAUCUUGUGGCUAUUGUACGAUUUCCUCCGGCCGCACGUCACUGGCGAUUCGACCUUUAAGCUUGUCGAUCUCAUGAAGACCACCAUUGAUCGGUUCACUCAUGGAUCUGAGCAAGAGAGGCUUGAAGCGUUCUCCAACAGAUGGGAUCACGUUCUUGCCGGCAUUUCUGUCGAUCGCCCAGAAGAUCCUGUCCUCUGCGCUCUGUUCUAUGAGCAGGUUCGGGAGUUUAAGUGUCUCGAGCUCGAUAUGCAAUUGUGGGACAGAGAUGUGUCUGUGCGAAAUUACGCAUACUUGCGGACCGUCUGCGUUAACGCGAUUACCACGUGGCGCCGGCGGCGCAACCAAGAGAAGAUGUACACUGCCACACGAUCCUCCUCUGCGCAGAGGCGAUAUGCUGUCGCCUGGGCACCGCGACUCCCGGAGAGGAAGCCCUCGCCGGAGAGGAUCGCCAAGACGCACAUCGCCCAGACGGUCGUCCCCGAGGCGAGGCUCGCCAAGGCGGUACUCGCAAAGCCCUGGGAGGGCAGCUCCUGCCCCUCCCCGACGAUCCCCGUCACGAUCACCACGGGGAGUCUGGCAUAUGCUUCUAUUACGCACGAGGCACCUGUACCAGAGGUGACAAGCAAUGACAGCGACCUCCUAUGGAGACUUUGCGUUCGCUUGCGCUGCAUCAUUCGAUAUGGCUUGUCCGUCAGUCAAGCGGAAGACAGAAAUGAUGCCUGUGUCGUAGAGCUCACGCUCUCCAAGCGAAGUGCUUGCGAAGUUUUCGCUGCUGCUGUCAAGUCUGUGAAGAGGGUAGUGGCCGGCCGUCCUGAUCUCCCGCGAGUUUACCCGGCUCUUCCAGCGCCCAUAAUCGUACAUGAGAAAGUUGUCGCGGCUGGUGAGGAGCCGAUAGGUGAAAUGGAUGAGAUUGGAGAACUCGAUCUCGACAUGCCUGGUGUCGAAGGCGCUCAAAAGAAGGUGCCUAACGAUAAGAAAAAGGCACCUGAGCAGCCUAUGCCCCAAUCGCCGCCCGAUGAACCUAGAGCGCGCGAUUUGAGGGAGGAGGCAAAGUCGAUUCGUCAUUUGAUGACGCAUUUGCCAAAGAAUCCCUAUUGCGAUGCCUGUCAGCGUGCAAAGAUGGAGAAUGUUAAAUCGUUUCGCCAAGACUCCCCACGCGAUAAAGGGUUUGAGAAGUUUGGCGAACAUGUCACCAUCGAUACAAUGGUAUUGCACGGACUCGGCAAUCACGGGAAUAACGGGGAAACCGAUGCUGUUGUUUUCUAUGACUUGGCCACUGAAUGGCUGGAGAGUGUCCCCGUUAACGGAAGAACGAAUGCCGACACGCUGAGAGCGUUCCAACAGGUCUUCGGAGAUCUUAAGGAUGUGAACUCGUUCUCCAUGGAUGUCGAAAGAAGAUAUGCACCAUCGGCAAUCCGGGAGAUUUAUUGCGAUAAAGCUCGCGAGUUCAUAUCGACCUGUAAGAAAGUCGGUAUUUCGGUUAAGCAUUCUACUCCAGGUAUGCCCCGAACCAAUGCCAUCGCCGAGAGCAAGGUGAAACUUGUCCUUCAUGGCGCAAGAGUUGCGCUACGACAGGCGGGUCUGAGCGCCAAAUUCUGGCCAUACGCGUGUAAGCAUUUCUGCCACGCUCGAAAUAUAGAGCUACGAGAUGCCCAGAGUGCUUAUGCUCAACGAUUCGAUGGAGCCGAAUUUGACGGUCAGAUCCUCCCCUUCGGUUGCCUUGUUGACUUCUUUCCCACGCCGGCUCGAAAGCAGACCCGGCGCAGUCAAAAGGAUGAAGUCGUACUCGGUGAUGGUGAAGAGUAUGCGUUGCCCGCCCCUGACGACGAUGGGAUGAUUGAUGUCGAGGUUGGUUUUGAUGAGGAUGGAUUCCUCGAAUGGGUUGACGAUGGUGAGGAUGACCAACCCGGUUCCCGUCGCGGAGCAGGCACCGAUCACCGUCUCUCGUCCUAUCAGCGCCCCAGCAAGUUCUCUCCUACCAGUAAGCCUGGUAUCUUCCUCGGGUACCACUUUGAGAACGGGGGUAAGUGGGAUGGUGAUUACAUUGUCGCUGACCUUGAGGAUUUCAAGCGUGAUGCACUGCGCGCGAGUGUCCAUCAGGUCAAGAAGAUUUAUAGUUCUCCCAAGGAGAGAUGGACGUUCCCGAUGUUAGCGGUGUACGAUAAACAAACCCGCUCGAUGUGCAUCAACGAUCCAGCGAUGCAAUCGGCCGCUCCUCAACCGAGUGAGCGUCUGGACGCCUCCGAUAUGAUUGAUCUCGAGGACAUCGAUGAAAUAUUUGCUCUCGAUGAGUCUCGUCGGAUGACGGACGAAGAUAUUCGGCAGUCCCGUGAGGCUGAGUUACGAGCCGAAUCUUCUCAUGGUGGAGGCGUUGAUUAUUGGGAAUACGAUCCGUCUGCGCAUCGAUGGACUUACCACGUUGUGGUACCGAGGAAGGCAAUGGUCCAUCCUAGCAAGACUCCCGGAUCCAUCGGCGAUGCGCCUGAUCCCUGGAAGUUGAGCACAGUGCGCAUUUCGAAUGUCCAAUAUAAGGACAAGAACCCGGUAACGAUCUACGAAACCGGGUAUGCCUUCGGCAAAACGAGGCUGAUGCAGCUCUGGACCGGCACGGUAGAAUUUUAUGAUGAUGGCUUUGCACCACCCAAGAAGAAGUUGCCUCCAUACCAUGGAUCUGAGAUCCUAGAGGGCGAGGGGGUUUUGCCAUAUCGUCAGAGUGUGCCGCGUGCUGAGCGUUCGUAUAAAGGGUCUCGCAAACCCAACUGUAUUGACUCCGAGUCCUGGAGAAGCAUGAAUCGCGCAGAGCGGGAAGGCUAUGUUGAGGCCGAGCGUCGGGAGGCUGAAUCUCGCGCUAUGUCUCGUGAGGACUCCCGUGACGCAGCUGCUGCCGAUAUCGCUUUCGAUUUGGAGUAUGAGUCUGGCGCCGAGAGGCAUGAUAAAGACUAUUGGCAUCACGAUGUCGCUGCUGGCACGAUCACUCGAUUCCAUGUGGUCGAGCGCCGAGCGCGAUUUAAUCCUACGUCCGUCAAGGACUGCCCGGUGGAUCCAUCCACUUUGACCGAUGUGCGAGUGACUAUGGCCAUGACAGAUGGCACUGAAUUUACGAUGCAAGUUUCUUGGAGGACAGCUGACGUUCGAUCAUUACCCUGCAGAUGGACUGGUAAGACCAUUUUCGUAAUUGGUUCCUCUACUAAAACGCAGGUCAAGGUUCGGACCACCCUACCGAGUAAGGAUGGUACUGAGCGGCGUGUGCAGACCGCGAACGGGUACUAUGGUCACGCCUUGCGUGCUAAGGAACGACCUGUCAUUCCUCCAAAAGCUCGUGCUUGCAUCGUGACAGAUCUCGAGUUUGAUCCUCCCAAUGGCAUGUCCGCACGACUCCAGCCCCUCAAAGGCCAGAUGAGGGGGCUACUCAGUCAGGUGUUGAUGUCAUUAACCCUACUGACUCUGAGAUCGUUGUCGACUCUGGGCAAGAUGUUGCAGUGGUGCAGUUUUAUACUUCUGUGCUAG